AGCUCCCUUCUCGGACGCAUGUCUGUGGAUAAACUAACCUCUGUGAGUUCAAUGGCGAUCAUGAAUCUUAGCAGUAGGCCUUUAAGAUUGGCUCAACUGCAAAACCCAAAACUAAACUUCAGUUUCACACCUCAUUUUUCACUCCGCAAUUCAAGAAUCUAUGGUGUUUACAGGGACAAGGCCCAAACUUUCUCCUUCACUAUUUCUUGCAACCUCAACACUACUAGAAAGAAGCAGGGCGCCAUGGAGAAGAAGAGUGUGCCCACCAAGAUUAGGGUUCCGGAAUCUGACGGAGCACCCACGCUUUUGGACGCCGGAAAUGAUGCCUCUCCGACGGGUCCACCGCCUGCGAAGAAGAGUAAAGCUGCUGGUUUGGGGCUGUUGAGGAGAUUGUCCAAAAGGGUACUGGCGAGUCUGGCUAAUUUGACCCUCGCUAUAUCUGAGAUGUUUGCCCUUGCUGGCUUAAUGGCCAUAGGAUCAUUCAUCGAACAAGGGGAGGCUCCGGAUUUCUAUUUUCAGAAGUUCCCCGAAGAUCAUCCUCUGUUUGGGUUCUUCAACUGGAGAUGGGUUCUCACUCUUGGCUUUGAUCACAUGUUUUCAUCGCCCAUAUUCUUAGGAACAUCGGCUCUUCUAGCAGCAUCACUGAUGGCCUGCACUUACACAACACAGAUACCCCUAGUUAAAGUAGCAAGGAGGUGGUCUUUCUUACACUCGGCUCAGGCAAUUCGAAAGCAGGAAUAUUCGGACACUCUCCCUAAAGCAUCUAUACAAGAUUUGGGGGCCGUCCUGAUGGGAGCUGGAUACGAGGUAUUCCUUAAAGGUUCAGCUCUAUACGCAUUUAAAGGAUUGGCAGGCCGAAUUGCUCCAAUCGGAGUACAUGUGGCACUGCUGUUGAUAAUGUUCGGAGGAACUAUUAGUGCCACGGGAAGCUUUAGAGGGUCAGUGAAUGUUCCUCAAGGUCUGAACUUCGUUUUAGGCGAUGUGCUUGGGCCAACAGGGUUUUUGUCGACUCCCUCAGAAGCAUUCAGUACUGAAGUUCAUGUCAAUAGGUUCUACAUGGAGUACUAUGAGAGCGGAGAGGUUUCACAGUUUCACUCUGAUCUAUCACUAUACGACCUCGAUGGGAAGGAGGUAAUGAGGAAGACGAUAAGUGUAAAUGAUCCGUUGAGAUACGGCGGGAUUACUAUAUACCAAACAGAUUGGAGUUUCUCAGCCUUACAGAUCAUGAAGGAUGAUGAAGGGCCUUUUAAUUUGGCUAUGGCACCUCUAAAGAUCAACGGAGACAAGAAGUUGUUCGGUACAUUCCUGCCUAUAGGCAAUGCUGAUUCUGAUGAUGUCAAGGGAAUAUCAAUGUUAGCGCGUGACUUGCAGUCAAUUAUCCUUUAUGAUAAAGAAGGGAAAUUUGUUGGAGUCAGGCGGCCCAACUCUAAGCUUCCGAUUGAGAUUGAUGGAACCAAAAUUCUAAUAGUAGAUGCAAUUGGUAGCACCGGCCUUGACCUGAAGAGUGAUCCAGGGGUGCCAAUUGUGUAUGCUGGUUUUGGAGCUUUAAUGCUUACGACGUGCAUCAGCUUCUUGUCACACAGUCAGAUAUGGGCGUUACAAGAUGGAACAAUGGUGGUUGUGGGAGGAAAGACUAACCGGGCGAAAGGUGAAUUUCCAGAUUCAAUAAGCAGUUUGCUUGAUCAAGUCCCUGAAAUAGUUGAAUCAUCUCCUUCCAAAGAAUCAAAUGGUCUCAGUAGCUAGCUCUGAGGCAUUUACACGGAUCAAAGAGUAUUACAUAAGAUUACUUGACUUGAUGGAAAAGGUUUCUUGAUUGGCACUGAUUCAGUCCGAGGAGAAACCAACAGAAGUUGCCAGGAAAACUCUUCAAUGAUGGUUUGGUUAGAACAGGGGCACUUUUAUUCCAUUGAUUCCUUGUAGAUUGGAUUCAGAGCCUUCCAAGAAUCAUAAAUUUCUGCUCUGUAGAUAUAAUUGUACUUAUGUAUACAAGAGAAAAUUCAUAGAUACAUGAUUUUUAUGUGAUACGGCAUAUGUUGAUCAAUGAUCAUACUUCUUCUCCACCCCUCAAAACUACUUUUGUAGUAUACAGUUCUUGCCAA